AUGAUGUUUGGCAGCUUGAUCACCUACCAGUUGCUUGCAUUGUUCUUUGUUUGUCUCCGGUUCUAUGGCAAGCGCAUCGCGAAGGCUCCGUGGUAUGUAGACGAUUACGUGCUGAUUUUCUCCUGGUUUCUCGAACUCGCAUACGUCUUCCUCGUCCUCUGGCUGGCAGGGUAUGCCGGCAAAGGUGUCCCCUUCGAAUAUCUCGUCACGAAAGAUCUCAACUACCUCAAGGACAAGCUGCCGACGUUGCUCCGGCUGACGCCGGUCAUGGCCAUGCUUGGAACCGUGGGAACCGUAGCCCCCAAGCUGUCUUUUCUUCUCACCCUCCUGCGGCUCGUCAUCAAACCGUGUCAGAGGCUGGCGCUCUGGGUGUCAAUUACGCUUAGCACCGUUACGGCCAUCCCUCUGAUCUUCCUUCCCUUCUUCGUUUGCGGGUUGGGAUAUUUCCCGAGUCUUGGGCAGAGUACUGUCUGUAUAAGUCCGAAGAUUGUGUUUGGGUAUACCGGGUUUGCUUGUGCCAUUCAGAUUUUCAUGGAUCUCACCCUCUCAAUAUUCCCUCCAAUGGUAGUCUGGGGACUUAACAUGAACACUCACCAAAAACUCACCAUCAGCUUCGCCAUGAGCUUUGGCAUAGCAAAAACAGCUCUGUGCUCCCAACUCCGAGGCACCACCAACCCAUACAAAAUAGCAGUGGUCCUCGUUCUCUCCCAGGCAGAAGUCAGCGCCUCUAUCAUUGCCGCCUGCGUUCCGUUCUGUCGACCGCUGGUGAAAAAGCUUACUACCAGGGAAGCUAGCAAGGAGUCAAAUGGGUCUGAUGGUAGUACACCACCAUGCAGGUCGGUGGCUAUGGGAGGGUUGGCGGGGUGUUAUCGGAAGGCAGCGGGGCAUAGGAGGCUUGGAAGCUUGGGCGAGUCCGAGUCCGAUGGGAAGCGGGAUGGGGAUUGUGCGGGGGGUUAUGGGCCGGAGAUGGCGGUAUAAGAAAAGGGUUAGGAAAAGGGAAGAUAAAAUGGGCAUUUGGGAUAGAAUACCAUUGUAGAUCAUACAGGGUUAUAAAAGAUGUGGUUC